AUGGAGUCAGUCUUGUUUAACAUAGCAUCUUAUUGGGACUGGGAUGCCAAAAGUCUGCUACUUUUUGCAGCAGUUUUUUUCCUUACUACUGAUUAUCUCAUAAACUUCCAUCCAGCAAGCUUCCCUCCAGGACCUCGGCCCUUUCCCAUCGUGGGUAGCCUAUUUUCUGUAGACCACAGCAGGACCCACGAGAGCAUGAUGCAGUUGGCAGGAAAAUACGGAGAUGUGUACAGCAUGCGUAUGGGCAAGGUGUGGGUUGUGGUUUUGAACGGAUUCAAGAAUUUUAAAGAAGCUCUUGUAAAUCAUGGACAAAGCCUGGUGGAGCGCCCAGUCCUCCCUAUGAUCUAUGAACUAAACUCUGGAAUGGGUAUAAUUGGCAGCAAUGGGAACUUAUGGAGGCAGCAGCGCCGUUUUGCCCUUUCAACCCUCAGAAAUUUUGGACUUGGAAAGAGGUCUCUUGAACCAGUCAUCUUGAAUGAGUUCACCUAUUGUUUAAAAGACUUUCAAAGCCUUAAUGGUAAGCCAUAUAAUCCACGCCUCAUCAUCAACAACGCUGUCUCCAAUGUCAUCUGCUCCAUGGUUUUUGGCCAUCGCUAUGAGUACAGCAACGAGAGGUUCAGGAAACUGAUAAGCUACUUUGAAACAUCACUUCAGAUUCAGAUCUCACUUUGGUCAUGGUUUUAUAACUCCUUCCCUCUGCUGAUGAGAUAUUUACCUGGGCCACACUACACGCUACGACACAUCUUUGAUGAUAUUACAGCCUUCAUCAGAGAAGAGCUCAAGGAGCACAAACAAAACUGGGAUCCUUUAGUACAAAGAGACUACAUCGACUGCUACCUGAAUGAGAUACAGAUGAGUGAGGUGCAGGCCAACAAUACUUUCAGUGAGGAAAACCUGGUAUUUUGUGUCUUGGAUCUGUUUGUGGCUGGCACUGAAACCACGACCAGCACUCUGCUCUGGGCUUUCCUUUAUAUGGCACAGCAUCCUGAAAUCCAGGCUAAAGUACAAGCUGAGAUAGAUGAAAUGAUUGGACAGUCAAGACCGCCAUCACUGGAAGAUCGUGUGAAUGUGCCCUACACUGACGCAGUCAUUCAUGAAGUCCAGAGAAUGGGCAACACAGUUCCUCUCAGUUUGCCUCAUUUCACAAACCAAGAGAUCGAGCUGGGAGGAUACACUAUCCCAAAGGGGAUCACAGUCAUUCCCAAUUUGACCUCAGUGCUAUACGACAAGAACGAGUGGGAGACGCCCUUCACCUUCAACCCAGGACACUUUCUGAACAAGGAGGGCAAGUUUGUGAAGCCAGCUGCUUUCCUCCCUUUCUCUGCAGGUAAGCGGCUGUGCCCAGGGGAAGGUCUAGCAAAGAUGGAGCUUUUUCUCUUCUUCACCUCCUUCAUGCAGCACUUCACCUUCUCCAUGCCUCCUGGAACCAAGCCUGAUAUGAACUUUAAUUUUAGCAUUGUUCUGUCUCCACAUAAGUAUAAUAUCUGUGCCACCCCACACUAG